AUGAGAACUAUCUGGCUUCCAGCGCGGCGGCUGCCUUUUAGCCAGGAGGUCACAUGGAGUAUGGGGCUGCUCUGCCUCAUUCUCGGCCUGAACGUACUCAGUAAUGGAUUCGAUCUGUCGGUUUACAAUACGAUCCAGGCCAUGGACUGUGUGUGCGUGACGUACACGUCGCAGUCAUUUAGCCAGGUACUCGCAGGUCGUUGCAUUGUCCACAUCUACACGGGAAUGGAAAGCUGGCUUAUUCCACUGUUCAUCGCCGAGGUCGUUCCAGCAAAGAUUCGGGGCAUGCUUGUUUCCGGCUACAUGAUUGGACGCCUUCUUGGCACGAUCAUCAUCAGCUGUGUAUCUUUUGCCACGUCAACAUGGCCAGGAGAUUCAUCCUGGAAGACGCCAGUUGCUGUACUGUUUUCCAUCCCCAGUUUGAUGAUUCUUGUGACUGCAUUCGUCCCGGAGUCGCCCCGAUGGCUAUUGGUAAAGGAACAAUAUGAAGAGGCGCUAGUGAAUCUGAAAGGUCUCAACGACAGUAGAGCUGGCUUUGAAGGCGAAACUGAACUUGCUGCUAUGAAGGCGAAUCUCGAGCAACACACGGAGAAAGGUUCUUGGGCAGACCUCUUCCGCGGCACUGAUCUUAGGCGCACUACCAUUGCUUUGCUUCCACCUUUCUUCUCGCAAGCGACUGGCCAAGCGUUUGCCAACGUCUAUGGCACAAUAUUUUACCAAAGCCUCGGGACCAUAAAUCCCUUCGUCCUCACCAUUAUCUCUCAAUGCUUUGGGCUGAUCGGUUCCCUGUCGUUCAUGCUCUUGGUCGAUCGAGUUGGUCGCCGCUUCUUCUGGAAGUCGAUGGUCCCGUUGGGAGGUGUCUCCAUGAUGAUUCUCGGCGGAUUGGGAACCAUUCGGAACCCGACACAAUCUGAGAAACUUGCUACAGCUUGCAUGCUGUCAUUAUUCGGAUUCUCAUUUCUGGGCUCUCUUGCACAACUGGCCGCUGUUACCCCCGCCGAAGUUCCUUCGCCUCGUCUGCGUGGCAAAACUGCCAUGAUGGCGUGGACCGUAAACAACUUUUCCAACUUCAUCGCAACGUUCACUUUGCCAUACCUCAUGAACCCUGGGUAUGGCAAUCUCGGACCAAAGGUGGGGUUUAUCUAUGGGUCAUUCAGUCUUAUCAGCGUUGUCUGGGGCUUCUUUUGCUUCCCUGAGCUGAAGGGCAAGACUCUCGACGAGGUCGACAUGAUGUUCCGCGCCAACGUACCUGCAAGAAAGACUAGUUCCUGGAAAAGCGAAGGAUAUAUAGAAACAAUGAAUCAUGGGAAAUUUGAGGAGUCGUAG